ACCACAUCUGACUUGCCUUUAAUGCCCCCAAUCCAACUUCAUUACUCUCAUUUCAUUUGAAUUCAAUCCUCAUUUAUUCAUUUCCCAUCUUCUUUAAUUUUCUUGCCCCUAACAAGAAGAACAAAAAAAAAAAAAACAGAGAUGGUGAACAAAAAAACAUUGAACCUUUCUUCUCUUCUUAAAAACUCAGAACUCAAAUAUUCAUCUUCAUGGCCAUGGCCUUAUUGUCACCAACCAAAAACACUCUCUUUCAGAGCUGAAAACAUCAACAACAAAGAUGAUACAUUCAAAAUCAUCAACUCAGCUUACUUAGAUACUUCUGAAGAAUCCUUAACUGUUUCUCAAAAUUCUGAUUCAACUUUUUCAAAACCUUCUUUUGAUGAAUCCAAACAAAAUGAUUCGGUCGAAACUGUGAUUCGAGGAUUAUCUUCUGAUCGAUUUUUCUUCGAGCCAGAUGAGACUAAAUCGAUUUUAGAAGCUAAUAAUAAAGUUGUAGCAGUAGAAAGUGAAACUACUCAAAGCUUGCCAUUCAAAGAUAGUGUUGUGUUAUCUAUGGAAUCUCGAGAUCCUUAUGUCGAUUUUCGAAAAUCUAUGGAGGAAAUGGUAGAAACUCAUGAUGUUAAAGAUUGGGAAAGUCUUCAAGAGCUUUUGUGUUGGUAUUUGAAGGUUAAUGAGAAAAACAAUCAUGGUUAUAUUGUUGGUGCUUUUGUUGAUUUAUUGGUUGGUCUUGCAUUUGCUUCGUCUUCAUCAUCGUUUUCUUCUUCAUCUUCUUCGUCUUCUCGUUCUCCAUCUUCUCCUUUAUCGUUUUAUAGUUCUUCUUUGUCUUCGUCUUAUAGCACUCGAUGUGUUUCUUGUUUGGAAGGUCGCGGUGAAGAGGUUGAUACUCCAAGUUCUUCUUUGUUGUUAGAACAAGUUAGGGAGGAAGAAGAAGUUGAUACUCCGAGUUCUUCUUUGUUGUUAGAACAAGUUAGGGAGGAGAUUGAUCACGAAAAUGAAGUUGAAGCUUCAGAGUCUGAAACUUCAAUUUCAUCUUCGUCAUCAAGUACUUAAUUAAUGUAAGAUUCAUGGUAAUGAUUUUAAUUAUGUACACCAAGUAGUACUAAUUAAUAGUGUAUUAUAAAUUAGUAACAUUUUUUGUUUCAU